AUGGCAUUUUUCAAUCUGAAAUUUAUUUUGGCAUUUGGUUACUGUUCUAUUUCAUUUGUUAUCUAUACACUUUUAAUUAUAAUGCUAUUGAAAAAUUGGAAGGAUUUUAAAAGUGCAUUCUUCCAUAUUGUAAUUGCUGAUUAUUUCUUUAACCUACUAACGUGGCUAAAUUCCAUGAUAACCCUGCGACUUCCAAAUGGAACUUGCAAAGAUUGUGUACUUUCGAAUUUAUUUGCUAGUUUGGGAAAAGAUAAUCAAUAUACAAGUAGUUUCCUGUUUUUCUGCUAUUUUUUACACUUUGGAAAUGCGUAUUUUCAAUAUUUUAUGGUCACUUUGAUGGCUGUCAACAGGACAACUUCCAUAUUUUUCUACUUUGUGAAUGAAAAAAUUUGGUCAAUCCUCUUUCCCCUUUCCCUGGGAGCAGUUAUCCUUGUGGAGGUGUUUUUCACUCGGACAAUUUUGUCCACUAAACCAUAUUUUGUGUUUAAUGAGGCUUUAGAUAUGUACAGUAUUAAAUCAGACUCGGACAUUCUCUCUGCCUACUCGAAUGUGAUCAUUUUUAUGGGAUUUUGCGUGAUAUGUUCUAUCGUCUGUAACUUUUUAUCGAUUAUGCAGUUGAAACUUAUGAAAAAAAAUUUAUCGACAAUUGAAAGAAAUUUACUAUUCUCCACUCUUGCUUCGUCGGUGAUUCAGUGUGCUGCCGCAGGAAAUACGUUCCUUCUCCAAUUCGACCGCAACGCCAUCUACGGACAAAUUGGACAGCUUUUGCUCCCGUUUUUCAGCGAUUUUCUCACCAUAAGUCAGCCAUAUAUUCUGAUUUUGAUGAGCUCAAAGGUCCGCAAUGGUAUGCUGAAAAAUUUCUUCGGGAAAGAAUCGAAGGCUAGCAGUUUGUUCGUGAAAACUCAGGGUAACUUCCGAUAA